AUGGGGGUCCCCACACCCCUGGGUGUGCUGGGGGGUUCUGGUGCUCCAGCGGAUGGGGUCUGGCACAUCACCUUGCCCUGGGCAGGGGCUGAGCCGGGUCCUGGUGCUGCCCCACAGGAUGUGGCUGAGCCUGGGGAUGAUGUGGGGGGUGAGGUUCUGGCAGCCAGCGCGAGUUCAGGCAACGUGGAGGACCUGUACAAGCUGCUGGAGAAGCUGGGCAGCGGCCACUUCGGCGUGGUGAGGCUCUGCCGCCAGCGCAGCUCUGGCGCCCUGUACGCCGCCAAGUUUGUGAAGAUGCGGCGGCGCUGGGGCAGCCGCCUGGGGCUGGAGAGGGCGCAGGUGGAGCGGGAAGUCGCCAUCCUCCGCCGGCUCAACCAUCCCAACAUCAUGCGGCUCCACGACCUCUUUGCCAGCAGAGCCGAGGUGGUGCUCGUCCUGGAGCUGAUUCGUGGCGGGGAGCUCUUUGACUUCAUUGCGGAGAAGGAGAUGCUGUCGGAGGAGGAGGCCAUCGAGUUCCUGGGGCAGAUCCUGCGCGGGGUGGAAUAUCUGCACGCUCGCCUCAUCGCCCACUUCGACCUCAAGCCCGAGAACAUCAUGCUGCAGGAGAAGGACGUCCCCAAGCCCUGGAUCAAGAUCAUCGACUUUGGGCUGGCCCAGCAGCUGGAGGAUGGCAUCGCCUUCAAAAGCCUCUGUGGGACCCCCCAGUACAUUGCUCCUGAAGUGAUCAAUUAUGAGCCGCUGAGCCCCGCGACUGACAUGUGGAGCAUCGGAGUCAUCACCUACAUCCUGCUCAGUGGCCUGUCCCCCUUCCAGGGUGAGACGGAUGCUGAGACCCUCUCCAACGUCGUGGCCGGUGCUUACGAGUUUGAGGAGCGCUGCUUCAGCCAGACCUCCGAGAUGGCCAAGGACUUCAUCCGGCAGCUGCUGGUGAAGGAGCCGGAGCASCGCAUGACAGCAGCCGAGUGCCUGCUGCACCCCUGGAUCAAGCCCCUGAGCAGGAAGCAGGUGCUGAGCCGGAGCCGUUCCUCCAUCAACAUGAGAAACUUCCGCAAGUUCAACGCCCGGAGGAAGUGGAAGGUGAACGGGUGGCCGGCUGUGGGAUCCCCUGAGACCCCUGGGGAGUUUGGGCUGGGCUCCAUCCCCAGGCUGGGCUCCAUCCCCAGGCUGGGCUCCAUCCCCAGGCUGGAUCCAUCUCGGGAGUGUUUGCAGUGCUGUGGUGGGGGGCUCAGAGCUGGGGAGGGACCCCCACCUCGGACCCCCUCCUCUCCUGCCCUCCAGCUCUCCUACAACACCGUGUCUGCCUGCAACCGGCUGUGCCACACGCGGCUGCUCUGCGGCCUCAGGAAGGAGGAUGAGGAGCUGCGCUGCUGUGAGAGUGACCAAGAGGAGGACAGAAGCCCCCCCAUGGCCCUGCUGCGCCGGCGGAGAAGCAGCUGCUCCUGAGCCCCUCCGAAAAAAGACAGGACCCCCACGAGAGGAGCCUCGGGGGUCCCCCCAUCUCCCCAUCCCAGGGGGCAGGAGCGCUGUCCAGCCCCAGUGCUCCCAGUUCCGUGCUGCUGGAGGGUCACUGGGGCAUCAGCACCCCGCUUUUGCCCCCAGGUUUUGCUGCAGUGGGGCUCACGCUGCCCCAGGGCUGGGAUCUUCCUUCCUGCUUCGUCCUAACGAGAAAAAUAAAUGUCACC